GUGUCUAGAGCCUCCGGAACCCCCUCGGGCAAGCAAGUCCAGCUCUGGGGGAUAAAUUCUCCGAGGUCCGCGGGGGCACUCUGGGGGUCCCCGGGGUGCCCGGUUCCUUGUCGCGCAACUUCCCAGGCUCCUAGGGGUGAAAGCUCGACUGGAUUUAUCCAAAUCCAGGAGGCGCGAUCAGCUUACAGAUUGGACAUAAGGAGGCUCCAAGAAGGUGAAUCACGGACCUGAGCAAGUGCAGCGGUCUGAAAAACAGCAUGUACACACCCAUCCCACAGAGUGGCUCUCCGUUCCCAGCCUCGGUCCAACACCCAGGCCUACACAUAUGGCGUGUGGAGAAGCUGAAGCCGGUGCCCAUAGCACCAGAGAACCAUGGCAUCUUCUUCUCUGGGGAUUCCUACCUAGUGCUUCACAAUGGCCCGGAAGAGGCCUCCCACCUGCACCUCUGGAUAGGCCAGCAGUCAUCCCGAGAUGAGCAGGGGGCCUGUGCCGUGCUGGCCGUGCACCUCAACAGCCUGCUUGGGGAGCGGCCCGUGCAGCACCGUGAGGUCCAGGGAAAUGAGUCCGACCUCUUCAUGAGCUACUUCCCACGCGGCCUCAAGUACCGGGAAGGCGGUGUGGAGUCCGCCUUUCACAAGACAACCUCGGGGGCUGCCCCAGCAGCCAUCAGGAAGCUCUACCAGGUUAAGGGGAAGAAGAACAUCCGUGCCACCGAGAGGGCGCUGAGCUGGGACAGCUUCAACACCGGGGACUGCUUCAUCCUGGACCUGGGUCAGAACAUCUUUGCCUGGUGUGGUGGAAAAUCCAACAUUCUGGAGCGCAACAAGGCGAGGGACCUGGCCCUGGCCAUCAGGGACAGCGAGCGGCAGGGCAAGGCCCAGGUGGAAAUCAUCACCGAUGGGGAGGAGCCGGCCGAGAUGAUUCAGGUUCUGGGCCCUAAGCCUCCUCUGAAGGAGGGCAACCCUGAGGAAGACAUCACAGCGGACCAGACCAACGCCCAGGCUGCAGCCCUGUACAAGGUCUCUGAUGCCACUGGACAGAUGAAUCUGACCAAGGUGGCUGACUCCAGCCCCUUUGCCUCUGAACUGCUGAUUCCAGAUGACUGCUUUGUUCUGGACAACGGGCUCUGUGGCAAAAUCUACAUCUGGAAGGGGCGAAAAGCUAAUGAGAAGGAACGGCAGGCAGCUCUCCAAGUGGCUGAUGGCUUCAUCUCUCGGAUGAAAUAUUCGCCAAACACUCAGGUGGAGAUCCUGCCCCAGGGCCGAGAGAGCCUCAUCUUCAAGCAAUUCUUCAAGGACUGGAAGUGAGGGUGGGCGGCCCAAUCCCUGCCCUCCCGCCUCCCCCCACCCUUGUUCCCCACUGGCUGCUGAGUCAGCACAGAGGUGCCCUCUGGGUGCUCAGUAAAGAAGACACAUUCCGUUCUGCUCUCUUC